AUGGAUAUUUCGAAAUUAAACGACAUGAAUCGUCAAUUUGACGAAAGAUUGAGUGAAUUAAUGUCGCUUAAAGGACAAAAUACUCAGUUUUUCACCAACGAAAGCUAUACUGAGAUGAUUGAAAGAGUUAAAUCUGCAAAAUCAAGGAAGUCGCAUAAAAAACCCGAAGAUUAUCAGCGUUUGCGAAGAUUCGACGUCAUGGCUGUUGGAGAAACAGAGAAAUUGAUUGUUCCAGUCAAAGACAAUAUGAUUAGGUACUACGUGAAAAACAACGAGAUAUUUCAGAUUUUGCAUGAUACCUACCUGAGUGUAGGGCAUGGUGGUAGAAACCGGAUGGAGAAAGAGCUAAAUUUUUGCUAUAAAAAUAUUACGAGGGAAAUGAUUUAUUUAAACCUAUGUGAGAGCUGCGAAAAGGAACGCAGCGUUCCAAAAAAAGGAUUAGUUGUUAAACCUAUUCUUAGCGGCGAAAUGACUGCAAGAUGUCAAGUAGACCUAAUUGACAUGCAGUCACAAGGAAAUAAUCACUAUAAAUUUAUACUUGUAUACCAAGAUCAUCUCACAAAAUUUGUGCAACUCCGUCCGCUCAAGACCAAAACUGCUGAAGAAGUAGCAUAUGUACUACUUGAUAUUUUUACAAUAUUCGGUGCACCAAGCAUUCUUCAAAGCGAUAAUGGCAGAGAGUUUGCUAAUAAAAUUGUUCAGGAAGCUUGUGAAAUGUGGCCCGAAUUGAAAAUUGUACAUGGUAAACCGAGACAAUCUCAAAGCCAAGGGUCAGUAGAGAGAGCAAACCAGGACAUAGAAAAUAUGCUGAGUAUGUGGUUGGAGGAUAACAACAAUAAGAAAUGGUCGGAAGGAUUACGUUUUGUACAAUUAAUGAAAAAUAGAGCAUAUCACACAGGCAUUAACUGUACUCCAUAUGAAGCCAUGUUUGGAACGAAGUUGAAAGUAGGACUUAAAAGUUCUUCUAUACCACAUGAGGCUCUGCUUGAUAUUAAAUCAGAAGAAGACUUGGAGAAACUAUUAUCUACUGAGAGCACUAUUACCGAAAAGAAUCUAGUGGAUUUCACCGAGAAUGAUCAAGAAGAGUCCGCCAAAAAUGAUCAAGUAGAGUCCGCUAAAAAUGAUGGUAUGAAUUUAUUUUCAGCUGGCUCAAGUCAAUUUUCGCCAACUUUUACCGUAGAUGAGGAGUCUGUAAAAACUUCAGAUACAGAUUCAAACCCAAUACCCACAAACGAAAACGAAAACCUGGAGCGCAAAAAAGAAAAUGUUAUGGCAGUUAGGAAACUGGCUUUAAGUAAUUUGCAGAAACAAGCAAAUAAAAUGUUGGAUGUAUCAAACGCUAAAUAUCCCAUGGCUGCAAUUGGUGACAUU